GCGCGACCGUCUCCGUCCACCUCCAUUUACACCCCUUCGCCCAUUUUCCAGGAACAAUGGCCCAUUGUGAGCGGGCCUCCCGGCCUCUAAUUCAAUGCCUUCAGAGGUCCUCAAUGAGAGGCCUCUCUGGCCUCCAGCUGCAGACGACGCGCGCUUUCCAGACCACCGCAGUCGCCCAGGAGGAAGCCCAGACCGAAGCCGCGAGCCAACCGUUCUAUAAAUCGCCCGACCCAUCACUUGUGUCAAGUCCCCGGUUAGAGCGAAGAUUGAUACGACAGGGUAUCUUGCCGGUCGGGUCCCGUCGACGUCGUGCCGCGUUGCAGGGUGCGCCCAGCGUGCCUUUCGAACAGCUUCCCUACCAAUGUUUCCAGGAAGCACGGAAGGUCCUGCUUUCGGAUCGAGAACAGAAGCUGCAGGAAAUUACGGCUACUAGUGAGAAGAUUGCGAAGAUUCAGGCUCUGUCGGCAGAGGAGCGAGCAAAGAACUCUACCCACUCCCGGCUCCGCGCGCUGGAGAUACAUCUUGAGAAGCUCAAGGUUCUCGCUGAUAUCAACGAUCCUUUGGUGAAGAAGAAGUUUGAAGACGGACAAGGUGACAUGAGCAAACCUAUCUACCGCUACCUCGCCGAUCAGAAAUGGAGGGAAUACCGCCGCAAGAUCAUCAUUCAACGAAUUACGCAAAUGAAAGUAAUUCCCGACGUUCUUCCCCAUUGCGACCCGGUUGUCGACACCAAGCUUUAUUUCAACAGGAAGGCCGUGCAGCCUGGAGAAUUUGUCAACUCUAUGGUCAGCACCAGCGCCCCUAAACUCGACGUGCAAGUGUUCGACGGUGAAGAGAAGCUGGUGACUAUCGCCGUCGUCGAUUCGGACGUUCCCAACGUGGAAAAGGAUAGCUUCGAUUACAAGAUGCACUACCUUGCCGUCAACAUCCCCAUCUCAGCUAUCAACACCAAGGUCGACCUCUCCCAGCUCUCGACAGAGUCGCAGCUGGUCAUGCCCUGGCUUCCUCCCGUUGCUCAGAAGGGCAGCCCUUACCACCGAUUGUCGCUCUUCGUCUUGGAGCAGAAGGACAACAAGCCUUUAGACUUUGCGGCCGUCAAGGCGAAGGAUACCAACCGCGACACCACCCUCCUCCGCACAUUACAAGCGCGGUACCACCUCAAGCCCAUUGGAGCGCACCUGUUCCGAACUCUCUGGGAUGAGGACACAGCGGAAGUCAUGAAGCAGAUUGGCUUCCCUGAAGCCGAGAUGGAGCUCCGACGCAAGAGAAGCGAGGCUCUGCCUUACAAGAGAAGAAACCCCUCUACCUUCCGGUAACCUCGGUUAUCGUUCCACCACUGUUCUUGUUCUAUCACAUUUCGUUCCUAGAUGUAUUGUACAACCAUAUGUAUGAAUAUAGCAACCUUUCACAAGUUCAAACCCGACUCCAAACUCCAGUCAUGCAUGCAUGCGUACUAUACAAAUCGGGACAUUGUAGCAGCACCCCCGUCCACUUCAUUCGAUAGCCUCUUGAACAGGCUUCAACGAAUUCUCCACCCACUGUAUCUUCGACAGCGGCCAAAUCCUCGCAAUAACCUUCCCAUUGAUCAACCCCAUCGGCAUCGGCCCAUAAUUCCUCGAAUCCCUCGACCACGGCAGAUUAUCCCCACCUACGUAAACAUGCCCUUCCGGCACCUAAACCACCAUAAUCAUUAGCACAUCCUCCUUCCCCAGAAAGAAGUUUAAGCAACAUGCAUACCCUUAUCAUCUCCCCAUUCCCCCCAACCCCCGUACUAAGCGCCUCAUCCCGAC